CCAACCGCGACGCUGGCGCUAACUCGUAAUGGCGACCUGACGUUGGAGUACAGGUGUAACAACAUACUCACGCUGUCGCCCAGCAUCAUGAUGCAUCUUUGAGACGAAGGCAUCUACGUUUACAGGCCCCCUUCGCCUCUCCCCCAGCAAAUACUGGCCCUCUCCCACGCGUUCCUUCGCGAUUGACCUGACGCCGCGCCGCCAGGUCGACCCAACAACAAGCUCGCGCAAGCCCCGCUUCUGCUCCGCAGCGAAGUCGAACGUAUCUAUCUGUCAUGGAUCAAUGGCAGGCAUAUUCUAGUACUGGCGGAGGCGCCCGUAGGUUUGAUUCCAAUUCACAGGCAGGCCAGCCUCAACAGGCACGAGAAUACGGUUCGGGUGGUGCGCAGCCCAACUACAGGGUCGAUCAAUACCAAGGUGCAACGAACCCUUCGCAAGGGCAGUCUAUGGUGGCAUCGACGCCGAAUACCCCUCAAACUCGAGACGGCAACGGAGACGCCGCCAUGCAAGAUAUUGGGGACCCGUACAGCGGUGUCAAGUAUCCGAUGCGACCACAUCACCAGCAGCAUCUGUCAGCUAGCAGUCGCUCCGGAUUACAUCCACAAAGCCCUCAAGAGCAGUCAUCGGCAGCUCAAAGAUAUUCCCCGAUGGAAGCUGUAUCGGGAGCUACGCCGUACAUCUCGAGCCCUCAGACAAGCCAGAAUCAAUAUACCAACCGGCAAUCUCCAACGAGGUCGAGCUAUUCUUCGCCGACCUCAUACUAUUCCUCACGACAGCAGGUGCAACAACUACCUCCCAUAACGCCCUACUCCUCGAACAACAUCCAGGAUUCAUACCCAUCAUCGGCCACAACACAGCUGAAUGCAGUCUUUAGCAACGACCUCAAGUCACCUCGCAGGCCUCAGCCAGCGGCAGCACCACCCGUUGAGCGUGGUCCGAUCCCGCAGUUCGCGAAACUGAGAUCCGUUUCGGAUCUUCAGCCACAGAUCAAUGCGCAGCCUGCGUUCAGAAGAGCGAACCCAGAGGGAGGAUUCAUCAGUCCACUACAAGCGCUCACGACACACCUACCUUCGACAUACCGAAUAUGCAACCCAAUGUUCAAAUACGAGUCAUCCCGAAACCCCAGGAGAGUGCUCACAAAACCGAGCAAGGGGACGAAGAAUGACGGAUUCGACAAUGAGGAUAGCGAUUAUAUUCUAUAUGUCAACGAUAUCCUUGGUUCUGAAGAGACGGGUCAUAAGAACCGCUAUCUCAUUCUCGAUGUUCUUGGCCAGGGUACCUUUGGUCAAGUGGUGAAGUGCCAGAACUUGAAGACCCAGGAGGUUGUCGCUGUCAAAGUGAUCAAGAAUAAGACGGCAUACUUUAACCAAAGUAUGAUGGAAGUCUCUGUGCUCGACUUGAUUAACAGCAAGCUCGACAAGAACGACGAUCACCAUUUGCUCAGACUCAGAGACACCUUUAUUCACAGGCAGCAUCUCUGCCUGGUCUUCGAACUCUUGAGCGUCAAUUUGUACGAACUCAUCAAGCAGAACCAGUUCCGCGGCCUAAGCACGACACUUGUCCGCGUAUUCGCGCAACAGCUUUUAACUGGGCUUGCUCUGUUGAAUAAGGCGCGCCUUAUACACUGUGAUCUGAAGCCCGAAAACAUCCUACUCAAGAACCUUGAGAGCCCCAUUAUCAAGAUCAUUGAUUUCGGCUCGGCUUGUGACGAACGUCAAACGGUGUAUACCUAUAUUCAGUCUCGAUUUUAUCGAUCUCCAGAAGUUCUACUUGGCCUACCAUAUUCCUCAGCGAUUGAUAUGUGGUCAUUAGGUUGUAUUGUGGUCGAACUGUUCUUGGGUUUACCAUUGUUUCCUGGUUCAUCCGAAUACAACCAGGUGUCGCGCAUUGUCGAGAUGUUAGGCAACCCGCCAAACUGGAUGUUGGAGAUGGGGAAACAGUCCGGAGAAUUUUUUGAGAAGCGCCAUGAUGUUGACGAUUUUGGGAGGAGGACAUAUCACCUGAAGAGCAUGGAGCAAUACUCAAGAGAACAUGGUUCCAAAGAGCAGCCGAGCAAGAAAUACUUUCAAGCCACGGCUCUACCGGAGAUAAUCCGAUCAUAUGCUAUGCCCAGGAAAAAUAUGAAGCCAAAUGAGGUGGAACGAGAGAUGAACAAUAGGGUAGCAUUCAUCGACUUCAUCCGAGGCUUAUUGAACAUCAAUCCAUUGGAGCGAUGGUCACCACAGCAAGCAAAGCUCCAUCCCUUCAUUACCCAGCAGAAGUACACCGGGCCAUUUGUACCACCCAUGAACCUGAAGACCAGUUCUUCCAACCGAUCCCCAGCCCCUGGAACCCAGCAGCAACAGCAGGCUGAAGCCCUCAGCAAGCAACGUGCACAAGCGGCACAAGUCCAGCUUGUCCAACAACACUCUGCUGCUCAGGCCCAAGCCCACGCUGCCCAAGCAGCAGCCCAGGCCCAUGCGGCUCAACAAUACCCGACACAAUCACCACUGGUUGGCGGUUUACCAAGCAACCAAUACCCUCCACAGAGCCAUCCCCAAGCAGCGCAGAUGUACAAUAACACCGCCAUGUACCCGCCGAACCAGGCCCACCAAGCCGGUCCACCGCCAUACCCCGCCCAGCCUGGCGGCUACCCACAAGGCGGUAUGAUGCAACACCAGCCCCCGCCGCACAUGCCAGCAGGACAGUAUGGCCAGCCAGCGCAACAAGGUCUAUACCCUCAAUCCCAAACAAGACGCCAGAGAGCCAUGACAAUGGAAGUGCAACAAGGUGGAAUCCCACCCGCCAUCCAGCGAGUCGCAAGUCACCUCGACCCCACGCAGCCAAUCCGCUUGCAACCCAGCCCAGCAUACUACCCCCCUCCCCCCGACGGAAUGCCCGAUGGCAACCCCGGCAGCCAACGGCGCCGCGGCAGCCGCGCAGCGCAGGGCGCACAGCAGGGCGCGAGGAGCAAUCGCGAUUUCAUCCGUAACCUCGAGGACCGCACGCUGGAAGAGGGGUUCAUGGGGGCGCAGAACCAGUGGCAUUGAUGGGACUGCCAUGAAUCGGCGCGCGUGUACGACGUAUGCUUUAAUAGAGGAUAUUGGACUAUUUAACAGGUCUACAGAGGGUGGUGGCGAAGUACACGAGAGUAUCUGAAACGUGGAAGGGGGGACGACACCACUCUUUUUCUGUGGAGCGAGAUAGAUGUGUGGGAAAUGAAAAUGGGACUCUCGGGGUGGGG